GUAAUUGCAGUUAUUCCCACAUCAGAAAGCUGAUUUUCUUAUAUAAGAAAAUGUAUUUGAAGAUAUAAUUGACAGUUUCGAAAGACCCGCAAGAGGUUAAAACAGGGCGCACUUGGGGUGCUUUAAGAUAUCGCUAUGCACUCUGGGAAUAACAGUUCAUGUCACAUAUAUCGUAUUGGCAAGUUUUUGAUUUCGGUCAUCGUUGGUAUCGGAGAUGCUCUGCAAGUUUGAGAUGAGGCUUUAUAAGAACCUCACGAAAUUAUCAUUUUCCCCUCCGCCGUUUAAAGCUAGCCACAUAUUAGUUUCACUUUGUUUUACACCAUGGACGCCAGAAAUGAUUCAUGGACAUUACAUUUUGGAAUACGUGUUACUGGGUAGCAGCUAGCGAACUUGCUUGUUAGCUACCUACUGCAAUUUACUUGAAUACACGUUAGCUAGCAAUCAAAUGAAAGAAAGGUCUGAAGUUAGCUAACUUUUAUGAAAAGCUAGUAACCAUGUGUAGCUGACUUACUGUUGUUGGCUAGCUAGCCAAAGACAGACAUUUGAUACAAUGUUGUUCAGCUAGAGCUGUGGAACUUACUUAGAAGCUUGGUAAAACUUAACGUUACUCAGAAUAACACUCAUGUUAUUUUAGCUAGCUACUUGCAAUAAAGGAAACCAUGUAUUUUACUUGCUUGUUUUUAGCUACCUAGCUAGCAUUCUUCUGACUGCCGUUUUCAAACCAGAUAACGUUAGAUAGCAAUAUUACAUCCUUGAGAAGUCUGUCGCCAGCCAAGUUACUCGUCUUGGGUAUUUUAUUUUCGUUUAAAGUUGCGGGGAUAUUAUAUCAGGAGCCAGGAUAUUAUUGACAAGAGGCUAACAUUAGCUUUCAUACUGGUUCAGUGGUUGAACUUGUGGUGGCAAGGCUAGCUCCCAUUGCUAUAAUAGUUGGAUCUCGUCCUCUGUUAGCUAGCUGUCUUGAUUGACAGGGACUUUCUUGCAAAGAUCAUCGGACCAUGUUUUUGUAAUGGUCUUACUUUUAAGGGACCAUUGUUAUUAGCUAAAUACAUAGCUAGCGAAACAAGAAAAUUGCUGAGGAUGACUGGCUCAGAAAUUAAUCUUUCAAAUGCUGAUUUGGGAGAAUUUGACUCAGAAAGUCUCCCUUCAAACUCCGGUUUGGGAGACUUGCCAUGGCUUUGCAUGGUUACGCUGUUCAUUGCCUCCAUCAUUACAUUGAUACUGUAUCUAGUACAGUAUUUUUACAGCGAUCUACGGAUACAGAUGCCUGAGCAAAACAAUGCUGGUUCGGGGGAAGCGGACGUUCUGUUGGGAUGGGCGCUUUCACUGAACAGUUGGAAAAGUCAAUGGAGAGGGGCUUGGUGCAGAGCUUUGAAUGAGGAAUCGACGAAGUCUGGGUGCCCAGUGCAACUAAUAUUAGAAGAGGACGGCCUCGAGUCAUCAGAACUGGUGGUUGGCCAAGUGUCCAGCUUCAAGAAGUCUGCUCGUCAGAAGGCUGCACGAUGCAAGGUGGUCGGGGACAAGCUUCAGUUCUCCCUCAGUGCUUCACCAUCAGCCAUGUCUCCAGGAGAUCCCUGUAGGUACAGCGUAAAGAUAUCUCCACUUGAACUGCAGUUGGACUUGCAGAUGAGGGAGGCUGAAGGGCAGGUGCAGGUGGUCUGGGGGGUGUGCCAUCUCGAGACUUGGGACCUGCAGCUCAGCCCCAGCUUCACACAGGACCAUGCCACAGGCCCCAGUGUGGCUGCAGUAAAGGACAGGCUGAGACAGCUGCUGUGUGCGGUGCGUCCCUCCAUUAUGCUGAGUUGCAGGCCUGCUGAGGCCACAGAGGUCAAGGAGGCCCGUAACAAGGUGACAUCACCGCCCAAGCCCCCCCGCGCUCACGACUGGAAGCUGCUGGUAAAGAAUAUCCGGGUAACGUGUAAGGAGCAGGAGGACGGUGCUGCAGGCAGUCUGAAUCCCCUGUGUGUGCUGCAGCUAGAUGACCCUCCACAGAAACUCUCCACUUCAGUCCUACAGAACACAGCCAGUCCAGCCUGGGACCAGCCCUUCAUCUUUGAGCUGAAUGGACAAUCAAAAGAGCUGAAAAUUCAGCUGCUGGAUGAUGGGAAACCACAGGAGAACUCCAUACUGGGUCAAGUAUCUGUGCCUUUUGAUCUGGUGAAGAAGCAGCCCAAAGGACAGCAAACAUUUACAAUCAUGACCAAAGACCAAGUGACAGGGUCACUUACUGCUGAGUUGACCUACCUGAAACCCAGUGAGGUGCGGUCGUGGCAGUCCCCUACUCCAGCCCCCACUAAGAGAGUGGAGAUGGACCGCACAGUCAUGCCCUGCGGUACUGUGGUCACCACAAUCACUGCAGUGAAGAGUAAACCAGGUCGACCACUACUGCCUGGACUAAAUAUAACCCAGCAGACCCCCUCCAAUCCUCCCAGAGGCACCAAGUCCAAGGUGUCAGGACGAAGGGUGUCGGAGCAGCCGUCCAUGCUGGGGACCAUGGGGAGCAAGGCCUUGUCCUCCUCCGACACAGAGCUACUCAUGCUCAACGGGACCGACCCCGUGGCCGAGGCUGCCAUCCGCCAACUCCACGAGUCCGCCAAGCAGAAGCUCAAGUCCCCGGUCAAGAAGAGCACUAUCAUCAUCUCAGGAGUGACCAAGACUCCUCUGUCUCAGGAUGAUGAGAUGGUUCUGAUGGCGGGCUAUGCUGCUGCGAUGGAUGCCACUAUGUCGGAGGGGGGAUCUCAGGAGAUUGCUGUGGCAACUGCAUCAGUACUAAAAGCCAGUAGCAAACCCCUGGAGGUGUCGUCAGACCCCCAGGAGGGUCCCAGUGGAGUGGCCCAGGCUCAAGCCCAGCAGGCCCCGGAGGACUUGGAGUGCCAAGCAGGACAGGGCACAGACCAAGAUCCAGACACAACCUCCAUGUCACUAUGCAUCUCAGAGUCUGGAUCCAAAAAGAGCAGAGGAGGCAGCUUCCUGCACAGGAGUGCCAAGCUGUUCUUCCGCCGGCGCCGCCAGUGCAAAGACCCGGGGAUGAGCCAGUCGCACAACGACCUGGUGUACUUGGAGCAGCCUGUGACGGUAGACCGGGAGAAACGCACGUCCACCUUCAGCCGGAUGCUGAACCGCAAGCUGCUGCCCACGAGCAAGAGCACAGCCAACGGCUCCACCACCACCCAAACAGUGACACCUGUUCCUACCCCAGGGGAGCAGCAUGCAGCCUGACCUCCAGCCCCCCCACUCUACCACCCCUACCACCCUCUGCUUCUCCUCUAGGCCUCUAGCCCACCUCUCCUUCCCCUCUGGGGCUCCAGUCCCCCUCUACUUCCCCUACGAUGGUCCUCUACCCCCCCUCCACUCCACCACCCUCUCCUUCCACUCCGAUAGUUCUCCAUCCCCCCACUCCACCACCCUCUCCUUUCCCUCCGAUAGUCCUCCACCCCCCCACUCCACCACCCUCUCCUACCCCUCCAAUAGUUCUCCACUCCACCACCCUCUCCUUUCCCUCCGAUAGUCCUCCACCCCCCCACUCCACCACCCUCUCCUACCCCUCCAAUAGUUCUCCACUCCACCACCCUCUCCUUUCCCUCCGAUAGUCCUCCACCCCCCCACUCCACCACCCUUUUCUUCCCCUCCGAUAGUACUCACCACCCUCUUCUUCCCCUCAGAUAGUACUCACCACCCUCUUCUUCCCCUCAGAUAGUCCUCCAUCCCCCCACUCCACCACCCUCUCCUACCCCUCCAAUAGUACUCACCACCCUCUUCUUCCCCUCAGAUAGUACUCACCACCCUCUUCUUCCCCUCAGAUAGUCCUCCAUCCCCCCACGUUGCCUCCACAUCUACCACCUUGCACUGACUGAUAGACUCCACUUCCUGAUCCGUGAAUCCUCCAUUACUGGUUGGAAGGCAGUAUGGAGGUAAAAUAUUCUCUUUAUCUCCCUCCCUCCGGCUCUUCCACAAACUUCACUUUUUUUUGUAGCAAGAAAUAUUUGAAAGUGUUUUUGGGUAAUGCUAAUUUGAAAUGUUUUUUUUUCACCUCCAUGCCAUUUCAUGAUAAUAUUUUUGUAAUUUAAAAAAAAUACAUAUUCUCUAUUUGUGGCCUUCUAAACCAGAAGAAUAAUCUACUUGUGGCCAACCUGCACCCUCAUCCUAUUAGUGUAGUAACACAGAACAAUGAGACAGAUAUUUCACCGGAUGUAUAAAUGUGAAGCAUCUGGUUGGUGUUUCCACUCACUACCAAAUAUGGUUAUGAGAGAAAGCCAAGUGGUUGUCAGCGGGAGAAGAUGGAGUGAGAUGGAUUUUGGCCAACCUCCUGCUAGAUUUCUCAUUGAUUAAACAUUUAUGUCCAUACAGUUUUCUGCUUCCAUAACUAGAAUCGGUAACAAACCGAGUGGACUACACUUUGUAGACUUUACCCUUUGCCAAAGUUUUGAAAAUGCCGUUGUUUUGGAGUGCAAAGGCGAUUUGUUAUUGCACACGCGCACUUCAUAGUAGGCGUUCCCGAACGGAAAUAUUAAAAUAAAUUCUAUAAAGCGCUAAUAAGAUCUCACUAGCUCGUGCUUGGCUCUGCCCACCUCCUUGUUUGUUCUGCCCAGUAUGAUUAAUUUGCUCCCAUUGGAAACGACAGGCUCUGGUCUAUUUUGGGUUGGUUAUAAAAAUAUUUGGUAGUGGGGUCAACCCUGACCUUUGACCUCUUAAAGGGUCCGAUUGAAAUGUGGCCCAGAGGUACCAAAGAAGGAGAGAAGAGUGGUGUUGACAUGAUUUGCACACAUUGCUAGAUACAUUUUCUAGGUUUUACACUCAAGGUGUGAUUUAAAAAAAAAAAAAGCUUUUUAAGAGUAAUUACUUGAACUGCUCUUGUGAUAACCUCUCUGUAUAAAUAUCAAGCAGUUUGUGGAGGCACUUUGUGAUUGAGAGAGGAGUUUGUGUUGACAAAGGGAGACAGUUUGUUCCACUGCAAGGCUGAUACUAGUGGGAGAUGAUAAAGCCUAACAUUUUAAUUCAAGACAUCUUAUCAAAAGUAUACAAACUUCAGAGCUACUGAGAAAAUCUUGCCAGACUAAACAUUUCAGACAUCAACAGUUAUGGCAGUUCUGUGUAAGUUAUCUUUUGAUGUCAUUGGUUAUCUCAUACAGUUUUGUAAAGUCCAAAAUUACACUUGGUAAUAAAGAAUUGGGAAUUUCCACCAUAAACACUAUUUCAAAACAGUGCAGUGACAUUAUGGAAAAUAUGAAAAUUGCAAUUUUCUGUUUGAUAACAUUUUAAAAUAUUUUUUUGCUUUGUGUUAUCACUUUUCCUUUAAAUAUUGCAGUGUUUUAAAUGCAAUUUCCUCUAGUCUUCUGACCUAAAGAUUCCUUACACUACAACUGCCUGGGGUUGGUGAGGUAGAAAAUGGAACCCCAGUGACAUCAUGCUGGGAGAGGGAACGAAUGUGACACUACCUCAAGGCAUACUUGUUGCAGUGUUCACUAAAAACACAGGGGUCAUUCACUCAUGCGUUUCUGCUGUUUUUUGUUUUAAAAAUGAAAUGUAACAUAUCAGCGCUUUAAACAUUGUCUCAACAGAAAGGAUGAUACAUCUUUGGGAAAUCUGAAUGGUUUGACUGCUUUGAGAUUUUAUCUAGCUAAUGAUUGUACUUUUAUUUAAGCAGGUAAAUUAAAUGAGUUGUUUUAAGAUAAAUUCCCUGCCAACUACUGUUUUUAUUCUCAUUGAAUGAGCCUACUGAGAGGACUGCUAUACUGUUAUGGACAUGAUGGCAGUACUCAACAUGGACAUAGUAGUCAGAUGCCCUACUGUUUACAAGGCUUUUGAAGAGACUGGAGAACAGUUGUUCUACCUGUGUAGUAGUGACAAACUGUAGUGGGAUUCCCUCUUGAAAAUGGUCAAUUCUUCAGGUAUGACCAGUCUUCGAAUGACUUGGGACAUGCUGUCCCAGAACAGCAGUAGCUGUGCUAUCUAUACCUAUGAUCUGGUGUUUUCAGAGGACUUGAGAAUGUUGCUGAGUGGCAUUAAAAUGACAAAGAGGAGCCAGUUGGAUUUCCCCUCAACAACCCAUAUGAAAACCUAAUCAAUGAGCUGUGUUUUUAUGAUAUCCUUGGAUGACUGAUUACACUGGGGUAUCUGGUUGCUGAAAAAAAGGGUAUGCCAUUUGUGUUGAUCUUGAACAACAGCAUUAACUAAGUUCUCUGUCUGCUGCAGAUACUGUAUGGGUUAUGUGUCCAUAUUAUUCUUUUUUUUACGUCCCUCCUGUGAAGUAUGAACGAGUGUCAAACGCCUCAGAUCCUGUAACCGGUCACAUAUUUGUACAGUGUGGGUCAAAUAUUGACGUAAGCUCCUGGAAGGGUUCCCAAUGAGCUGACUGCUCCUUGUUUCAGUAAAUAAGGUCCCUUUUAAAGCCAUCUUGCAGCUAGAGGUGUAUGCCGAAACCCAAAGUCAUCUUUAAACCUUGUUAAAACUUCAGAAAAGAAUGUGGGGAGUUUUAAACAUGCAAACUUGAUUCUAAGCCUAAUCAAUGGCAACUGACAAGUGCAAGAUUAUGCAUUUCAAUAAGCAGUGGGCCUGUAUAUUAUUAAACAGCUUGCUGACAUUUUAUAUUGUCUCUGUGAAACGUACAGAACCUGGUUGCCUGCUAAUAUUUAAUUCCAGUCAAUGCCAUGCAGGGAUUAUGACUAAUUAUUGACAUAUCAGGUUUAACAUCUUGAGCAAUAAAUAUUAACUGAAUAACCA